AUGAAAUUAAACUACGGAGAGAAAAAAACCCUUUUGGAAAACCUCACCAAUAGGAUGAUCAAAAUAGAACAAGCUAUAGGCAGCAUAAAAUUUUACGAAAAGGGGAGCGGCGCGAAAAGGCUUCGUAAAGAUGGGACAUCAUUUGGCAGUGUGAAAGCGGUCGAAGGGGGAGAGAAGGACUUUCUUAAUAAGCCUCUUGUCAGUUUUGAUGACGACGGUGAUGGGCACCGGGAUGGGCACCGUGACGACCACCGUGACGACCACCGUGACGACCACCGUGACGACCACCGUGACGACCACCGUGACGACCACCGUGACGACCACCAUGACGACCACCGUGAUGAUGAUGAGGGACUGCGAGCUGAGCCAAGCAGAGAAGACGAAGAGGACUACAAUGAAAUAAGGUCCCGCUUGGAAAACGUAUCGACGGACCUCCUCGGCGCGCACAAAGACGAGGUGGUAGAACUGAUUAAGAAGCACGGGCACAAGAACAGCGUGGCCGUCCACAUUUGCACCAUCAAGUUGAUUCUGCAGCAGAUCGCGAAGGAGUUCCUCCACGACAUCUAUACGCAGUACAACGACUUCUACAUCUACAUCCACAGCAACAGCAUCCUCGAUGUGUAUAAUACGUUCGAGUACAAGCGGAACAUCAUUUUGUCUCACCUGGAUUUUAUGAAAACUUACAGCCAGCAGGUUCAAAAAAUUAUGCAGCUGAAGGAAAAUAUAAACAGCUACAAAAUGUCGGAAACGGAGCUGCACCUGGAGAGGUUGCACAGAAUUGAACAAAAAAACGAAGCCCUCUUUGCGCGAAUCGCCGCAGUGAACGCCUCCCUGGAGGACUUGGCGUGCAAGUACGCCCUGAUGACACAAGCCAAAUGUACCUUAAGGUGA